AAAGCGUCCAAGACGGCUGCGUGGAUUUCCCUCCAGUGGGGCCCCUCAUAGUAAAAAGGCCCUGUUAAGCUUCACAUGAGUGAUCGUUCAGCUCUACCACCCCUCCCAGGGUCCGGAUAUCCGAGUGUGCCGGUAUAUCCGAAGAUUGUCCGAGUAGGCCGGCGACAUCCUCCGCUUCAUCGCUCAGCACUGCCAGACGUUGAUCGCAGCUUUCAAGUCCGCCCACAAUGCAGCUCCUCAAACUCGGCGCCAUCCUGGCCCUGGCGCAGGCUAUCACCGCCGCGCAGAUCAAGAUCAAGACCACCAAUCCACCCGCCAACUCGUACGUGUCGCACUGCUCGGUGAUCGUCGAAGAUGAGCUGUUUGGCUGCAAGGGCAGCUCCAAGCCGUUCAAGAAGGAGUGCGGCAAGAACCAGGGCGUCCAGACCAAGUCCAUCUGCGGCGAUGCCUCCGUUACCGUCGACUGGUACAGCGCCGUGCUGACGUUCAAGAGCGCCGACGGACAGACGGCCAACUGCACGCUGAGCUCGACCAAGACCGAGGGCCACUGCGAUACCAGUAACCCGACCGAGUACCCGCAGGAACACAAUGGCGCGGCCAGACUGCUGAAUGCGAAUACUGCGCUUUGGGCACUGGCGCCCAUCGCUGCUGGGCUGUUGAUCUGAGGACAUAUCAGCUAAUGAAGGAAUGAAUAUAAGGCUGCCAUAUUUGAAGUCUUGGUGCUCACACGGUCAAGAGCCAGACAUUUCUGUGCCAGCCAGAGAUCUCAU